UUGUUUUUGUCUUCACCAGGGGACAAUCCGAACAUGACCAGGGGUUUGAAGGCGAAGCGGCAGGCCGACAUCCCGCCGCUCAAUUCUCUUGAUUGGGAACAGGUAUCUGUGGUCAAAGGCAGACUCCGUCAGGCGAUUCAAGAGAAGCGAGCCAUGAAUGGUAAAGACGCUCUGUGCCUGGACUUCAUUUUGGACAGCCCUGUAGAGGACAAAUCUCUGGCUCCAGAAGAGCUUCUACAUAUUCAACGACGAGCUCAUGUACGGAAAGAACGAAAUAGAUUAGCGGCGCAACGAAUGCGAGAACGGCGGAAAAGCUAUUGCGAUAAACUUGUUCAGGAAUUGGAAACUUUGGAAGAUAGCAAUAAUAAACUGGUAUGGGAAAUUCGAAGUUUAGAAUCAGAAAAAAGUGAACUGGAAUCUAUUUUAAAGACUCACUUGCAAUCAUGUGAGAAAGUGCAACCAAAAACUGUUCCUAUGAAUUCUCUGGACUGUAUUCAGCCGCUGGAUCUGCGAACUCGACCUUGCAAGCAGGAACUGGAAGAAGUUGAACCUGCCCUGCCACCUGUGCAACCGGAAGUCAGUAAAGUGACAGAGCAAGACUUCCCGUUAGACUUGAGGGUUAUGAAAAAUCAAUCAGAUUAUACGGACUGUAGUGAGGUGAGUACAUCGAAACGACUGCGAACAUCCUCUUUAUGAUCCACCCGAGUUAUGGCCCUUGAAUCCCGGGGUUUCACACUACCAGAGCACCACUAUAAAACGCCCGUUGAAGGCGCGCGUGUAAACUCCUCAGCAAAGGUUGUGAUGAAGGGAAAAAAACGAAUUCAGUUGCGAAAAGGAGUGUUUGUUGAAAGUUUGACUGCAACCGUGGACCUGUGAUUCAAUGAAAAAUGAAUGGUGUAAACCGUAUCUUUGAUGGUGGUCAGCAAAGACUUAAAAAGAGCGGCAACGUUGUGGAAGUCAUUGUAGCGGUACUUUUUUCGCAACUGUUCCAGACUGCUCUGUGUCAGUGACGUACUGAGGACAAACAGGGAAAACGUAGAGAAAUUUCAACAACCGUUAGCAUCGACACUCAAGAACUUCCGGACUUCAGCUUUUUAUAGUAGAGCGAGUCACCAGGAACGUGGUCCGUAUGUACUAUAAAUGGUUUUGAAUGCCUCAAAGUUGCGGUGGCGCCAUCAUAUCGUAUUGUUAUCGGUAUAUGUUGUUUGCAAUAAGAGUCGACCGGCCAGAUCUGGUCGUGGCCAUACGCCUCACCAUUUGGCUAUUUUCAACUAGAAGAUAUGGUGCCUGUGAAGUAACAGAAUGGCGACUUCUUCACGCAGUCAAUACAUUUCGUCGCCGAUUUAAGCCAGUUGUAUUCGGUGGUCAGCUGUUCGAAACCGGAUAGAUCCAUACACAGUUUGGACUGUUUUGUCUUUAGAAUUCCCCUGUAGAGUAUAUUAGGGUUUGUUUUUCACGUGAAUGCUGUGUCGUUUGUAGAGUUGACCGAUUCCACAUAUUCCUACUGCCGUUAUUCAUUGUAAGAGUUUAUCAUACCUGUUAAUUAGAUUGACUAUUGUCACGUGAUGCUCACUGGCCAGGUGCUAAGAGGUGUGGGCAGCCACUCGGAGAAUUUGUGAACACAAAGUGCUGUCUUUAAAAAUAACUGUUUUCCCGGUGAUUCUUUUAUUAAUGUUGUCACAGACUUCUUGUUUGUGUCAUGGUUGUGAUAUAGUUCGUUACUAUGGAAAUGUAUAGCUUAUCCUUCUUGGUGCCCUGUAUUUGUGCUUGUACUAGCGUAUAUGGAAUGAAUUUCCAAAGUUACUCCAGUAUGAGAGUAUAUCGAGCAUACAAGCGCACUAUGACUUUGUAGCAAACUGAGCGCCCUUGUCACUGUCCUCGAAAAUAAUGUUACGUUGAAUCUGCCAUAAUACUGUGUUGCUUUAAUACCGCUUGUUUGAGAAACAGUUUCCUUACGUUUGUGGAAACUGAUCACGAUAAAAAUCUUUUAGCCGUUUUUUUUUUCUUGCAAAAUUGUUAUCCAUGAAAUGGCGUUUUUAGUUAACUAAACAUGGCGAUACUGAGAUUCUAGUGUGAGUUCAUGCCUCACUGCUUUGAAGUUUAAAUUGUGAUUUACACUGCCACAAAAGCAAGGCAUGAAAGGAAUGUCUAAAUACAUAUCCUUUAUAACGUGUGCGUUCUUUAGCACUGAUUCACUGACUGGGUGUUAAAUUUCCUUUAAUGACGGCACGUAAAACAUCCCAAGACACAAACAGCCUCACUGGCUUACUAUUACAUUUGGGAAAUAUGAGUCUCCAAUACCACAUCAAGUCUUAAUCACUCAGACUGCAGUUGUUUGAUGGAAGAAAAGUGUGAUCCUACCAAUUCCGCAAUGGAUAAUCAUUUGUGAGCGUAUUUGAAGUCCUGGCAUGGUUUGGACAUAUGAUGACACUCCCAGCAUUUACAGUUUUCACAGUUAUUCUGCUUGUCUUCCGGAAUGUAGAUUCGACAAGAUUUUACUAAAAAUCCAUUCCACCAAUGUGUCCCCAAGAAACGCUGCUAUAAGACAAUAGCUACAGCAUUGAUUGAUUCGUCGUCUUCAGCGUUGAACAAAGGUGAUGUGGAACUGUGGAUUGCGUUACAUAAAUCGAAACGUUCGGCAGUUCUAUAUAUGGAUGUUAUGAUGAGUAUAUACGUAUAGACUAUGGAAUGGGUAAAACAGCGUGUUAUGGUUAUCAGUUGAAGAUUAUUUGUAAAUUGAGCAUGUAUGUGUGAAUUGCCAUAUUUAUCCAGAAAGAUUUUGUUAUGGUACGACCAUUUGUUUUAUCUGUACAUGUUUUGUUAUAUAUUUGCGGGUAUCUGAUGCGGUAAACAGCAUUAUCAUUUCUAUGGCUGUCUGAUUACACAGCCUUGCGUGGAAUUCAUGUAAGAGGACUUUAGGGUGAGAUUUGCAGGUUAUUAGAUAGACUCGUCUUCACGUGUCAGAAGAAAGUUCAUGUUGAUAAACGAGAUUUGGCAUUACACGGGCUGUACCCUGCCCAGCCCGUGAAUCCAUCACAAACUUUCCUUCCGCAUUUGUUUAGUUGGGCGCCCAUUUCCGUUUGUAUCAUGCCCUCCCCAUUCAUCCUAAUGAAUGCCCUACGUCUGCUAGCCAUUGCGUGUGCUCCUUCUGAUGCUAUAUGUUUGUGUGUACAUUAUAAGCCAAAGCUUUCCCAAAUUGAUUGUUUGUUGUACUAAGCAUAAGAGAAAUCCCUGUUGCCAUUUCCAUGUGAAAAUUGUUAUCAAAAAUUGUUCACCUACCUGAAUCACGUAUUCCGUCAAAGAGUGAGUUACAAAGAGGUAAUUGUCACGCUGAGGUGACAUUUAUACAAUUGUUCUGAAGUAAUAAUUAUGUUACAAUGUAUACAUGUAUAUGAGUUUGCCUGGCAAUAUUGAGAAAUAUCUACAGAUUUAAAUACAGUUAGUGGCACAUGUGAAAUAAGUGUGUUAUAAACGAGAUGUUCAUUUAAUACUGUCAUUUUGUCUUUGGA